AUGACGUCCGCCGCCGCCGCCGCGCCCGUCGCGCCCGCCCAUGGUCCUCCACCACCGCCUCCAACCUCCUCGCAGACGCAGGCGCAAGCGCAAGCGCAGGUCCACGUUCAGGCUCAGGCACAGGCACAGGCACAGGCACGGACACAGGCACAGGCACAGGCACAGGCCCAGGCCCAGGCGCAUUCGCACUCGCAUACCCAGUCGCUGUCGCAGCCGCAGCAUCGAGCAUACAAUCCCUACAGUGCCUUUGCGCACCAGCCGCAACCUCCACUCCCCACAAAGCGAGACCUCAAGUCGUGGUGGAAAGGCUUCAAGCUACCCUCGAAGCAUCAGGAAGCACACGGUAUAGCCACCCCGUUCACUAGAUCUAAACCCUACCGAUCAACAUCCUUAUUUGCGGAGGAUAAAGAAGGCUGUCUAAGCGACCUGCCGGAAGCUGUGGCCCUCUUGCAGGAGAUAGUUGCGCAGGAGCUCCUCAUCGCAGCCCGAGCGAAUGCCCGAUCUCAGCAAACAAGUGUGAGCUUAAAUCGGAUGUCUACUGGCGCACUUUUCAAUGAGAAGCCUCUCCAACUAGACACUCUUGCUCGCUUCCUGAACUGGCGUCUUAGUAGAAGAUGUACUGGCGUAAAUGGACCCUGGCCGGUGCAGGACUCCGCUAAAACCAAAUCAGUAGUAGCAGAACCGCCCAAAGGCAUCUUUGGCGUCCCCCUUCGCGAUAGCAUCAAGUAUGCCAAUGUUGCCAUAUCCCUUGUCGACGAAAAUGGGAAAAGCUACAUCUACGGUUACGUCCCCAUCGUGGUUGCCAAAUGUGGUGUUUUCUUGAAGGAAAAGGCAACCGACGUUGAGGGCAUCUUUCGUCUCAGUGGUUCAGAGAAAAGGAUCAAGGAACUCAAACACAUCUUCGAUUCGCCAGACCGAUACGGCAAGGGGUUGGUGUGGGAUGGGUACACAGUUCACGAUGCCGCCAAUGUCCUCCGUCGCUACCUCAACGACCUCCCGGAGCCGGUGGUCCCUCUCGAACUAUAUGAGGAGUUUCGAAAACCGUUGAAAGGGGCCACUAGGCAGGCCGCAGGUGAUACCGAUGGCCCCCAGUUUGUCGAGAAUUUCGACAUGGACGCCGCCAUCCUCAGAUACCAGCAGCUGAUUACCGAGUUGCCGCCACUCAAUCGCCAGCUGAUGCUUUAUAUCUUGGACUUGCUCGCCGUCUUCGCCGCCAAGUCUGACGUUAACCGCAUGAACUCGCAGAACCUGGCUGCCAUUUUCCAGCCAGGCAUGCUCUCCCAUCCGGCCCACGCUAUGGCACCCGAGGAGUAUCGCCUCAACCAAUGCGUCAUUAUAUUUCUCAUUGAGAACCAGGAUCAUUUCCUUAUCGGCAUGCAAGGUACAGCGGCCGAUGAGAGGACGGUUCAGGAGGUCCAGAAGGGGACGCCUACCAUCAAUGCCCCGGAGAUACCAAAGAACUAUCAACCUGGAGUGAACCGAACAGCAUCAAAUGCCAGCGCUGGAGCCGAAAGUGUUUCCAAGGAAGGCAUGAUUAGGAGAAAUAAGUCGACAUCCUCAAGGCGUUCUCUUGCUUCGAAUGGAGCGCCGAGUCCUGGAAGCCCUGCAUUGACUUCCACACCUACGGGAGGUUUGGGCCGGAGCAACACCUUGCCAUCGAAACGAUCGCCUCGCGUACCGCCCGGAAGAUUCGCGCAUCGAUAUGAUGCGUCUAGUUCCCCAGUCGGCCCCUUGACGCCGGUUCAUCCGCCGUCAGUUCCUGGAGUUACGCCUCCUACGCCGACAGUACUGCCACCAGCGCCAGCGGUUGUUCACGAGGUCGCUACACCCCCGGAAGAAUCUUCGGUACCAUCCAUAGCCACAUCCACAGCUCCUUCGAGUUUGCUACCUAAUCAUUCUGUCUCGGCUACCAGGAGUCAGGAAAAGCUGUUAGAUGCUGAGGCCGAGGCCGCAACGCCCUCCAAGGAACGCCGCAUACCCAACAUAUCAAAUAUCUUCCAGAGGGCGCCCACUGGGGAAAACGAACUUCGACAGCCUAACAAGCUGAAGAAGAAGAUGCCAGGAGCCGGAGGUCAUUAUAGUGCUCAUAGCUCGACGAUGUCGCUUCCUCGCUCAGCAACAGCAUCGCCCAGUGUCGAAGCUGCGAAUCCCAUGGAUACGGUUCCAUCCUUGCCCGGAAACCUUGAUGCGGUAGUGUCGGGCGGACAACCUGCGCCUUCCCCCAGCGACUCUACGCCGAAGGCAUCCCAGGUACCUUCUACGCCCUCAACCACCGUGCAUCCCCACAAUGCCUCUGAGGCACAACUCAAACCACGAGAAUCUCCGCCGACUUCGGUCACGUCAUACAACGAUAUGUCUGAUCCUGAUCAGGUUGAGACGCAGACUUCGGCUAGUUUGGCCAGCCCAGAGGUGGCAUCCCCGGACAGGGAUAAGAGGAGGCGGUGGCGCCUAUCGAGGAAAAAGGAGGACAGCAUAUCCUUGAAUUCUCCUCUCAACAUUAGCCAGCCUCUUAUUUCCCCGCGUAUGCUUGGUUCGAAUUCGCAGGCUGAGGGGAGCAACAGUUCUGUAGGCAGUUCUGGUUAUUUCCAUCACAGACCCCGGGCAAGCAUGAGCGGGGAUGUUUCUGACGCGGGCAUGAUAAGUAGCCUCGAUGACCGUUCGAUGAUGAGCGACGCAACCAGAGAAGGCAGAGACCGUGACCGAGACAGGGACUGGGACAAGAGUAGUGAAUACCGCAAGUCAAACAUUGCCGACUGGCUGAAAAACAAGUACCGCGAGCAUAGGGAGACAGCGGAACUAAGAAGGACCAAGUCGCCACCAGCACAUGAUGGUAGAUCGGCAUCCAUUGGGGAACGAAUCCGCAAGAGCCUGGAUAUGAAGCGGGAGACGAUCAACGGAAGCGAAAAUGGGUAUAGCGAUGAGCAUAUUCCGAUGCCACCACCGCCCAUGCGGGAACCAGGACCGGCACAUUCACAGACAUCCAUCCAAUCUGCUGCUCAACCUGUCCAGCAAGUUCAACCACAGCCGCUGCAAGCUCAGCAACCCCCAGCACUUUACCAGACUGAAGUGCAGUCGGUCAAGGUGCAACCUGUCGUGCAGGAAUUUCCAGCCCAGAUUCAGCCCAAUUUCCAGCCAGAGCAGCCUUUGUCACAACACCCUCAACCCCAACAGGCUUCGGCACAUCAAUCGCAGCCCCAACUGCAGCAAGAGCCUUUGCCCAAAACACCAGAGCAGCCGACUGAAGCGUCCGUGCUCACUCCCUCAAGGCACAUGGAUCUAGAUGAGUAAAACAGCCGAUGCAAGCCUGAUGAACAGGGCACAGUAUUCUACUAGUGUUCAAGUCAAUCAUACCCGUCUUGUGGUCUACCAUACAAACUAUCACUCCGUUUUAAUGUCUAACUUAGUUUAUCUCGGAUGGUCUUUUUUCUGCUGCUUUUCUCUUUUUAUUUUUUUAUCUUCUUCAGCGCAAGAGAGCGGGUCAGGUCGAGGGCUUGGUUGCGCGGAUACCCUAUCCAGAGAUACCCGAAGAAGAUUUUGUUUGUCUCUAGUAC